UGAAUGUUUCAUGUAUCGAAUGAUACCUGUAUUAUCGAGAUCGGUUUUGUUUUUAUAUUGCAAUUUGGCUUUAAGAUCUCGACAUUCCGAUCUCGUGUCAACAAAGACUCGUAGCGCGUAAUACCAUUCAUUCAUUCAUGGAGAAACUUUGCAUACAACUGUUCAUUCCAGGGAGCAGCUGUUUGGCAGUGGUUGUUAUUUAAAACCGAUCAUAUUUCGUACAGGUAUAAGCCGUAUUGUCAUCAGAAGACAAUGGAUUACAGUGUAGCAAGGUCUAUCUAAGUUGUAAAUGAUGCAGUGAACCCCAAAUAUCCCAGAACAUGGGGUUCAGUUAGAGUGGUCUCCUCUUGUUACCAUGGUAAAUUGGCAAGAGGGAAGCAAAGAUGUCAGGAAGAGGUGCUAAGAAUUGUUCCGAUCAGAACUAUGAAGAGAUAUCGUUGAUAGGCAAUGGAGCAUAUGGAACGGUAUACAAGGCUCGUGACUUAAAAAAUGAUGGGCAAAUUGUGGCCAUGAAACGUAUUCGCAUCCAGAAUACAGAAGAAGGGAUGCCAAUGAGUGCAAUAAGAGAGAUAGCGCUACUUAAACAGCUGGAGAACUACGAGCAUCCUAACAUUGUCAGGUUACUGGAUGUUCGGCAUUCCCAGGCCACGGCAAGUGAGAUCCGACUCAUGCUGGUGUUUGAGUACAUAGACCAGGACCUUUCUUCAUACCUAGAAGGUUGUCCAUCUCCAGGACUCGGACCAGACAGGAUCAAGGACCUGAUGUAUCAGCUGCUGAAUGGUGUCGACUUUCUGCAUGCUCAUAGAAUAGUACACCGCGACCUCAAACCACAGAACAUCCUGGUCACUGGGCAGGGACAACUCAAACUUGCCGAUUUCGGACUUGCCAGGGUGUAUGGCUUUCAGAUGGCUCUCACAUCAGUGGUGGUGACACUGUGGUACAGAGCACCGGAGGUCAUACUUCAGGCAGCGUAUGCCACACCUGUUGACAUUUGGAGUUGUGGCUGUAUAUUUGUGGAACUCUUCAAUAGAAGACCAUUGUUUUGCGGGGACUCGGAUAUCAAUCAGUUGUCAAAAAUAUUUGAGGUGCUUGGUCUACCAUCAAAGGAAGAUUGGCCAGAGAGUGUUACAUUGCCAUGGAACUCCUUUAAACCACUGGCGCCUCAAUCUCUGGAACAGCUCAUCCCAGAGAUAGACCCGGAUGGGAAAGACCUUCUGGAGAAAUUAAUUCAAUUCAAUCCACAUAGUCGAUUAAGUGCUCGGUCAGCACUACAACACAGCUAUUUUCGUGAUGAUCUGGAUAGCUUACGAACUUCAAGUUCACUCUCUGUUUCCGAGAGCGAUUCAUGUGAUAAUGAUGGAAGGUCAGACACACCUGUCAGUAAGUAAGGAGUCAUGUGAUCAAAAAUUCAGUCAUGUGAUCAGAGGUAAAGAGUCUUGUGAUCGUGAAAAUAAGAUCAUGUGAUCAUAAGAGAAGAGUCAUGUGAAUAUAAUUUAUAUGAUGUGAUCAUAUGUGAAAACUGUGUGAUGAGUAAGUCUCUGCCUCAGCGUACAGAUCCAGGGUUGAUUCCACCUGACCUAUAGUAGGACGCCAGGAAUCGCAAUUCUCCAAGAUUGAUCAGACUCUUGGGAGGGAAAGUUAUUUACUCAAAUUGAAGUUACCCAUCAAUACGUGGAGUGAGUUGUUGAGAGAUGUUGAUGACAAUGGUUUGACACUAGGCUGACACAUGCUCCCUAUAAUCGAGUUACAGAUGACAGGAAGGGCUGUGGUUUAACAUUUUCAUUGAAGAGGAAACUAAAGACUAGAAGGUGAUGGUGAUGGCCAUGACCUUUUGGAAAUACAUGUAUUAAGUUUAUUCCUCAAGUGAAUUUGAGUGGUUUCUGGUAAUGUUGCUGUUUUCCAUUUUUAGGGAGUUAAAAAUUGAUAGCAAUAUGAAAAAUUGGUAAUUCUUUUGUAUACAGGACUCUGAAAUCAAAAAUAUUCUUGAAGUAAAUAAUGAAAAAUGAAUCUGUUAAAGAAAAAAACAUUCUCAUGGCAGGGCUGGUAGAAAAAAUGGAAGGCAGUUUCACAAGUGAUAUUUUCUGAUAAAACUUUUUAUAUUGUUUUGGUUUUUAGAAUAUUUGAUCAACAGAAUUACAUAUACAACUGUUAACUGUCAAUUUUUAUAUCGUCCCCCAAAAGCAAACAAAAUCAAAUUGGCUAGGACAAAAGAGAUGUCGAGUAAUUUUUAUACAUGUGUUCUGCUUUGCACAAAGCACCAAAAUAUAUAUCUGAAUGAAAUAUUAUAUUUUCACUUAUCAUUUUUUUGGAGCCAUCAAACAUAAGUAUCAAAAAUAUACAUUGUACAGUUUGAGCGAAAAUGUUUGCAAAAUGUUAUACUAAUGAUACAUAAAUAUGUUGGUUUUUUGAAAUCUUUUUUUAAUGAGAAAUCAUAGUAAGGGAAGUAAUUCUGUAAAGUUCAAGAUACAAUUGUCUGCCUUAUACCAUCAUACCGUCCAAAAAUAAUUAUGCAAGAAACUUGUCAGUCUUUACAUAUUACAAUGAUCCUCAGUCAUAAUUUGAAAAAGGAGUUUAAUUUCCUUUAUCAUACGGCAUUUCCAUCAUCUGUAUAAAAUGAUUUUUAUUUUAAUUAAAAGGGUGACAACAACAUUUUUAGCAUUAUUUGAUGAUUUAAGUUUCAGUAUGGAGGAUUGUCUGUCCAUCCUCUUGGUGCCAUAUUUUUGCCUUAUUUAACUGUUAGGUAUAUACAGGAGAUCUCAAGUGUUUUUGCAUAUUAUAUCAAUUAACAGCAAAAGUGAAUACAAUAGUCACAGGAAUGAACUCUUAUCAAUUUUUAUAUUAAUCAUAUUCAUAGCACGGAUGCAUUUAAUUUCACACUGAUUUGUAUUCAAAAUACUAUUAACUUGUUAAAAACUAACGUUGAAACCUACACUAUUUAUCAAACCCACAUCAAGUCACUGUUUUGUUUUUGUACCUUUUUUUUGUGUGGUAAUUGUUUGCAUAAUAUUCAUAAUUUCACCAAAAAAUCCCUUCCAUUUCUUUUUCUUGUGCUCAAAAUUAUGUCUCAAAAAAUAUCAUUAAAAAAAAGCGAUUGUCAUAAUCAUGGGCAUUACAGAAAUUCAGUUGCCUGAAAUAUCACCUUUCAUUUAGCAAUAUCAAAAAACAAAAUAUUAAUAUCAAAAUUUUCAUUAUUGAAUCGUCAAUGAAUUUUGCUCAAAUUAAAAUUCGAAAGCUGUGGAGGAUAAUUCCAACUAGCUACAAUUGUCUGUUAAUGUUCAUAGUAGUUCAUAUAGGUGUCAACAUCUUUUUAAAUGACAUGAUGAUUAAAAGCCUAAUUUCAAAAUUGAUUUUUUUUUUAUCUGAAGUUGAUUUGUUUGGUAACAAGUGCCCUCCUGUGAACUAAUAAACAGCACGAAACAUAUCUUAACAAACGUUUGAGAACCAUAAAAAUAUAUUACACAAAUUUCACAAAGCUUAAUAAUAAGCUUUUUAAGUGCUGAUUUUGUGUCUUUAUAGCAAAGAUAAUGAAAAAGUUAGGAAACUAAUGACACUGAGUUCCAACGUUUUUCCUUUAAAAUGGAGAUGUGGAUAUUUCUCGUCAUGCAUAGAUAUUCCCGAUGUAAGAUAAUUAAUUGGUUGUCAUGUUCGAGUUAAUUUUUGAAUUAUUAGAUUACGGUGAAUUUAUCAAUCAACAUGAUAACCAACCUCUUUAUAUCAUAAAAGUCAUGUAGACAUGUCUGUUUUUGACCAUGAGCAAAUAUAUUGUGAAUGAAAACAUCACGGUGAAAACCAGUACAUAGAGUUAGACUUCAUGAACUAGUGUGAUGUACUUUUUGUCUGGUCACAGCUCUUUUAAAGGUCAUGGGUCAUUCUAUUAACCAGUGAAAAUGCUUCCAACUUCUUCCUCAUAUGUGGUAUGAAGUCAAACCAAAAUGUGCCUGUGUGUUUCUAACAUGGGUCGAGUAUUGGAUAUGUACAUGUAUGGUAUACAAGUUGUUUACUUUGGACAUCAUCUUCCCUAGCCAAGUGUUUGCUUCGUAUACACUCCACUUACACAUAAAUUGAGUUAUACAAAGCGAACACUUGGCUAGCAAAGAUGUUUUGACAUGUAAGUAUAGGUUCAGGCCAGAGGUCACUCAGAAAAUUUGAUUAUAAGGUAUAUGUGUGAAUAAUGUUCCAAUUUUUCCUUUGUCAGUUUAUGAGAUGAAGAAACUUUGAUAUUCCUCUGUUGUUUGUAUCUGACUGUGAAUAAGUUGAAUUUUUGUUUAUCUCACGAUUGUUAUUACAAUUUUUCUGUGUACAUUUAUAUGCUUUUUUUUCCUGUUAUAUUUCUACAUUUAGCCUGGAUUAAUUAGUUAUGACUUGUUGAGUGACAACUGUAGCUUAUCAUGAUCAAAUCAUUACCAAGACUUUUUUUUCAAAAUUUCUAUGCAUUCAUUUUCACAUUUUACUGAAAUGUUAUAUAAUAUUGUAAUUCCUGAUGACUUCUGGCUUUGCAGAAACAAUUUUAAACACAAAUAUUCCACAAGAAAAAUUACAGUUAUGGAAAGGCUGUCAGAUAAUUAGCAGUUAAUGUUUUCAAACUAUCAAAACAAAUACUUGUGGUGUUUUUUUCUGAAACAGAUGCAAAAACUUCCUAUAUAUUUGUUGGGAUAUUUUGAAAUCUCAGUGUUAAAUGGUAUACUUUGAUUUUGAUGAAAGCUAUUUAUAUGUGGCUACAAGAAAGUCAUAGAUAUGAUGUUCUUUUAUUGAUUAUGUGACCAUGUUGUUUUGAUGGACGUGGCUGUUUUGUAAAUAAAUCUGUUGUAUAUACACAUUGACUUUAUUUCCAAACACAGUUUGUAUAUAAUUUGUAUAUGAGAAAAGCUUUUUAUACCUGUUCUUUUUAUAUUUGUUUUAAACAUGUUGCUGUACAUUAUUGCAGAUUCCAUAAUUAAUCGGCGUUUUCUAAGAUUUUUGCUUGUUGUAUUGGAAUAACUGAAACCCUGGGAAACUUCUGUCUUUGGUUCAAACAUUCUGGAAUGGAUAAAUACAUAAGUUUUCAGCUCAAAAAAAGAUUUUAACAAACAAAAAGAACAAAUAACAGGAACAUUACAUGAGGUUUGUAACAGAAAUUUGAACGUUUACUUGUUUGGUGCUUUUUGCCAUGACAAUUAUAUUUCUUUUUUAAAUCAACUACAAUUUUGAAAUAUCAAGAACAAAUAGAAUGUAUCCUUUAAUUCAGAUCAAAUAGAAUCUAAUUUAUAUUUCAUCAGAUUUCCUAUAAUGUUUUUAAAAAUGUUUUUUUAGAAUUUGUUAACAGAUUUUUUAACAAUAAUACUUACUGUAAAGAAUUUGUCUCAUAAGUUUUACAGCAAAAAAUGGUUUCUUACGGAAUUGUUUUUUCAUGAAAUGGUGAACCUGAUUUGAAUAUUUUCAUUACACAUGUAUUAUAUAUUCAUAUCAUACACAAAUUAUUUUGAUCAAGAAUUACAACAGACCCUUUUUUAUCAGAUGGUGAAGAAAAUAAUUCAUAUUAGGUCAGAAUCAUGUUCAUAAAUCCGUUAAGUUUGUUCGAUUUUGGCGACUGUUGGCCUGGAUGUAUUUUUAUACCAUGAAAUACAAACAUUCCGUCAAAAGAUUUGGACCAGCUUGUUACAAUUUUCUGUUAAUACUUGUUGUUGGAUUUCACAUAUCUGUACAAGAACAACUGUUAAAUAGCUUAUAUAUAUAUCAGAUAGUUGAAUUUCAUAUUCCAUGACUAUAGACUAUGUAAAGAUGUAACGUGUUGGAGAAACAAAUUGUUCAAGUUUACAAAUUAACAACAUUGUUCCGGUAAUAUUUGUCUGCAAUAAAUUUGCACUAAACAUUAAUUACCUCAUCAGAAAUCCUCGGUGUGAACAAACAAAGCCCUGUGAUAAAGUUUGAAGUGUUGUAUGCUUGUUAUAUAAGACAUUUGUUUCCAUAAUGGACGAAAGAUCUAAUUUCCAAAUUUUCUUAAUAUUUACAAUAGUAGCACAAUAUCACAAGUUUGAUUGCCCAUAACACUUGCGUACUAAUGUCCUUUUGAAAAUUGUUGCUGAACAAAAGAACAUAUAAAUUACACGUGAUGAAAAACAUGUUCAAAUAUUAAUUUUAAAAUAUUUUUUUAAUGCAUGUGUUUUUAUUAAAUGUAAUAUCUACAACUGCAUAAGCCAGAUAUAAAUAAAAUUGACCUAGAAAAACAUAUAUACAUUUAUAAUACAGAUGUCUCCAAACAUCGAUUCCCAGGCCAUUCAUUAAACACUAGGGGAGUAGGUGAGACACUAAUAGACAUCAGUUGGUUGUUUAAAGAAAACUCUAUAAAAGUUUAAACUUGUUUUCUUUUAAUGUUUGGAAUAGUUUAUAUCCAUAUACUUUAGUGUAUAUAUAAUAUAAAAACUGAUAUAAUACAUUGUAUAUUUAUAUAUGUAGAUAUAAUAUUUCUAUAAAUUACAACCAUUUAAUUUACAUGUGUUGCACCUGAGGUUAUAAAGUAAUAUAUAACCACAGGUACAACACAUGUGAAUAUAAAUGUUCUAAUUUAUAGAAAUAUUAUUUCUACAUGUAUAUAUAUAUACUUUGCCAGAUUCUAUAUUUUAUAUACUUUUAAGUGUAUAGAUAAAACUAUAUAUAUAUUUCCAUCUUGUUUAUAUCUGACUCCUGAGAGGAUAAGCAGUUGUAUGUCAGUUGUAAACUGGAUCAAGUAAAUAUUGUUUAAAUAAGAAAAAAGGUUACAAUGUAUGUCGUAAUGAUCCUCAAAAUUAGGUUUAAAUGCAGAAAUAUUUCCAUCAUUAAAAUAUUUUUGUUAGGAAAUUUUAAUUAGUCCUCAAACGGUAUGAUUACUGUUCUGUUUUUUAAGAUAUUUAUCAGACAAACUAAAGCAGCAAUACAAAAGUAGACUUUAUGUAAAAUUCAUGAUUUAUUCAUGAUUUAUUCAUUAUACACCAUUUCAUAUUCAUUGACACGUAAAAGUAAAAAAAAAUAAUCGAUGAAAAGCAAACAAAUUUCUGAAAUUAAUUAACAGCAGCAUUUUCUUACUGGACUUUAGUGAUAUAUGAAUACUGUUAAGUUUGUGAUAUGGUGUAGGCUAAUCAAACCUCCCUGAUAUCAACCCUGGAAAUGAAGGUGUGUAUUGAUGUUUUAGUUUGUAGUGAUACUGAUAAAUGAUCUAUUUUAACCAUAUUUUUGAAAAGGUAUGUAAAAAGAUUUUUUUUACCUCUAAUCAUAUUUUAUAAAUGUAUUUCAAUUUAUUUUGAAAUUUGAAGGUACUAGUUCUUUCAUUUUUGCAUUAAGUCUGUGAACGGCAUUACAUGUAUAUAAAGGACAAUUCUUGUAUGAUGAAUUUGACUGCAUUCCAGUAGCAAUAGACAUUCAUGUUUUGUUAAUGUUGAGAAGCGUCUUUGCUCUAACAUAUUUUCCUCCUUUUUUCUCCUUUUCUAAAAGCGUUUUACUCAAGGAAAUUUGUAUGAAUGUCAAUUUUGACUAGAUUAAUUGAUGGGUAAAAAAGCAAUGCACAAAUCAACAGCUUUUGAGUCAUUCUUAAAAAUUAAGCUACAUGGUAAAUAUUUCACACAAAAGUUGAUGUAAAUUUUCCCUGUUUAAUGCUUUUUGCCUUGUUGUCGUUGUGAUAUAUAUUGAAAUGAAAAGCUUUGUACUUUGUUUACAGAUAUGUUUUUUAUCUGUGGUAAGACCAGGGGACGUUUGAUCAUGUGCCUUCUGUAUCAACACAGAUAGUUCGAUAUGUAUAACCAGGUGUUCUUUAAUUGGGAUGAUCACUGAACCAAACCUGUAUAUAACAAACAUUUUUUGUACAUGUUUCUAUAUUAAACUUGAAAAUAUAUGAUAACUAUGUGAUAAUUAUACAAAUGUCAUGUACUCCCUCUUGCAAUUUUGUAUAAUGGUUUUAUAACGGAAAAAAGUUUUCUUUAAACAUCAAAACUCCUAAGGUCAAUUACAAAUUUGAUUGAAGUAUAAAUGCUAACUUACUGUGGCUUUCAACCAAGCUCUUGAAGAUUUCACAUUUCAAAACUUGUGGUUGAAUUCAGAUUCCAAUUUGUGCUUGGGUUAUCAUUUGUAAAAAUUAACACUUGUGAUGGCAUUUAUGACAAAUAACAACAAGCAUACCUGGAUUCAUAACAAAUAUUUAUUUUCCAGCAAGGGAGAUAACUGAAACAAAUUUCAAGUUUAAUUCAUUAGGUCGAAUAUGUCUAUAUCCAUACUUUGAAAGAACUUGUUUCUUAUCCCAUUUGAGAUAUUGAUUAUUAUUUCAAUCACAGAGUUUGCUAUCAACUCUAUCUUUAUCACUGAAUCUCUGGUCAAAAGAUAAGACUGAUCGAUAUCCUAACAAUGUAUGGAUUUUAAUAAAAUUAACAGCUGUUUAUCAACUGGUCCCUCCCUAAUACAUGUUUUAAAAUAUAUAUUUUUUCGUUGAUGAAAUGAAUAUAUGUCUUUUAAAUAUGCUAAAUUUCACUGCCAGCAAUAUUUAUUUGUCUCAGAAAUGUAACUAUCAUUUGUUUCAGGUCCGUAAAUGUAUUGUAUUAUACACCCCCAGCAAGUAUUUACAGACUCUCACUACUGUAAUAGUGAAGACCAUAAAUGACAAACGUUCCCAUGGUAAUCAAAUUCUAUUACCAUGUGAUGCUUCUUGCACUGCUAGGGAUGUAAGCUAUUGUACAUAUUCCACUGGUCAGCAAUCCCAGGAUCAAGUAUAUACAUGACACAUCAAAGUUGAUGUUUUAAUUGUGUUUUCUAUAAAGACAGAUAUAAAAUGGGCACUAGACACUUCCUCCCACCCGACAUGAAACAAUCUCGAAUGUAAUGACAAAGCUGUUCCAAAAGUCGAUAAACUAAUGCCUCAUAGUCUUAGGGGAGAAAAAAGCAAUCAUUUUAAUCCCCCGAUAACCAUCUGGCAUUAAAACAACCACGAUGAUAGAAAACAGGAAAUGACAUAUUUUGUGUAUUAAGAUAUCAUUUUUUAUGUGUUUUUUUAUCCACAUGAGCAGCUACUAAUGUUUUGAUAUAUCAAAACAUCUUGCCACAAAUCAAAUAUGCACAUGUAAUGAUUUACUUACAAAAUUGUCAUACACUAUUAAUGUGUUCUCUUCAAUAUUUUUCACAAAAUAUGUUGCUCGUCAUUUCCUUCUGUCAAAGGUAUACUUACAGUACGUACAUGUUCAAGUAAUCAUCAGCUAUGGGCGAAUUCAAGUUCACAUUUUCUGUAAUAUGAUUUUAACUGAAUUUGGUACCAAUACAAUGGAAUUAUAUCCUAAUAAAACAAUGUUACUUAUAUCAUAGAGAAACGGUUACAAGAAUACUGUUCCUUAUAUCACAGAGAAACGGUAACAAGAACACUAUUCCUAAUAUCACAGAGAAACAGUAACAAGAACACUGUUCCUUAUAUCACAGAGAAACGGUAACAAGCAUUGUUCCUUAUAUCACAGAAAAACGGUAACAAGAACUCUCUUAUAUCACAGGGAAACGGUAACAAGAAUUGUUCCUUAUAUCACAGAGAAACGGUAUCAAGAACUUUCUUAUAUCGCAGGGAAACGGUAACAAGAACUGUUCCUUAUAUCACAGAGAAACGGUAACAAGAACUGUUCCUUAUAUCAUAGUGGAACCAUAAUAGAAGUAGAGCCUUAUCAUGAGGAUUCGAUCUACUGUAGGCACCGUUUAUAUAUGACAAUUCAAUAGAUUUAUAUGUGAAACUUCUCUUAGCACUUCAAACUCUAGCCUCGCCCCAGGUAUGUAUAGUGUCGACUCGCCUGAAAUCUGUCUCUCAUUGUAUCUCAAUAGUUCGUCAGCCAUUGGUUGCCGACAAUGAGGCAUUGGUCACCUAUUUGUUUAUUAUAUCCGGUCCGAAUCUCCUCGGUGAGCCAGACUUCACUGUUCUUGUUCUCCCUCCAAUACGUUACCUUAAAGCUACCACCAUUAUCAGCACAUUGAGAUCACUGAUUUAGUUGAACACGCUUUCAUGUAAAUAUUUUGUAAUUUAAGGAAUGUGCAUGCUGGUUUUAAUUUUGAAUACGGUGUAUUUUCAUGGCGUUUUGUUCACUUUUUAUAUUUUUGGACGUAGUUUAAGCUGAUUAUCAUAUCGGCCGAAUAUUGUAUGUUUAUCAUCAGUCUCGAAAUUUAUGCUUCGGUCAGUUGAAUUAUCUUCGAUUUAAUUUCAUCAAGGAUAAUUUCAUGAUUUGGCCAAGAAAAUUAGAUUUAUCACAUGUACAGUUACCACAAUGAAGAAUAUUGUUAAUUUCAUAUGCACAUGUUAUCAUAUUAAUGUUUGUGUACAUCAGAGUUCAGCUUUCAGACUUGACCUUAUGGUCCGUGUGUGUUGUUUUAACUGCCAUUAUAUAGUUGUGCCUUACCUGCCCCUAAAUAUGUGUGUUAUUUACACCCAGCCUCGAGAACUAUUAUCUCGUGUCCAUUUCAAAAUAUGAUUAUAUUUCAUUGCUUGUCAAAUAAGACUUUAUUUCACAUUUCAUUUGCUAUGAAAUGAAGUUUUAUCUGUUUCUGUAUGGGUACGUCAUAAAACCUUAUCGGUCUUACACAUAUAUAAUUGUUGAUUUCACAUUUCGUAUGAAGUACAAGUUUGUUUACAUUUUGACAUCAACAUCAAUUUGCUGUCACAUGGGAUAUGGUUUUACGUGAUUUUAGUGUUAACUUUAAUGCUACCGAUCGCGAAAGAGGAUAAUGUGUGGAUAUCCGACGAUGAUCACGUUAAUCUUUUCUGUUCGUGUUUAUACAUCAACGGGACCAUUAUAUACAUUACAAUUUUAACUUUCCUGCCAAUAAACGCCUCCGAAAUUUG